AUGCCUAUUGGUGUUCCAAAAGUACCUUUUCGAAGUCCUGGUGAGGAAGAUGCAUCUUGGGUUGACAUAUACAACCGACUUUAUCGAGAAAGAUUACUUUUUUUAGGGCAAGAGGUUGAUAGUGAGAUCUCAAAUCAACUGAUUGGUCUUAUGAUAUAUCUCAGUAUCGAGGAUGAUACCCAAGAUCUGUAUUUGUUUAUAAACUCUCCUGGCGGAUGGGUAAUACCGGGAGUGGCUCUUUAUGAUACUAUGCAAUUUGUGCAACCAGAUGUACAUACAAUAUGCAUGGGAUCAGCUGCUUCAAUGGGAUCUUUUAUCCUGGUCGGAGGAGAAAUUACCAAACGUCUAGCAUUCCCUCACGCUUGGGUAAUGAUCCAUCAACCUGCUGGUUCUUUUUCUGAAGUAGCAACGAGAGAAUUCAUCCUGGAAGUGGGAGAACUGCUGAAACUACGUGAAACCCUGACAAGGGUUUAUGUACAAAGAACGGGCAAACCCGUAUGGGUUGUAUCCGAAGACAUGGAAAGAGAUGUUUUUAUGUCAGCAACAGAGGCCCAAGCUUAUGGAAUUGUUGAUCUUGUAGCGGUUGAAUGACAAUAGCCUAGAUUUCACGUCAAUUCUGAAAUUCACCCUGCCGAGUUUAAUAUUAAUAUUCUAUGACUUUUUUUAUUAUUCUAUAUUCUAUUGAAUAAAAGUAAUUCAUAAUCAUCCGGUUAGGAUCGAUCUAAACCAGCCCAUUAUGUAUAGGAUUCAACAUGCCAACGAUUAAACAACUUAUUAGAAAUACAAGACAGCCAAUUAGAAAUGUCACAAAAUCCCCCGCGCUUCGGGGAUGCCCUCAGCGUCGAGGAACAUGUACUAGGGUGUAUGUGCGACUCGUUCAGAUCAUGAACUAGAACAAAGGAAAGAGAACAAUGUUCGAAUAUCAAUGAUCAAAUAGGAUAGACCGGAAAAACGAACUACAUUUCCUAUCUAAAAAUCGAUGAUACCCCUUUUAUUGUGUAUGAAAUUUAUGGUUUCUGUUGGUGUAAAUCCACUCACCUCAAUUCAAGAUGAGAAGCAAUUCUCCAUUGGUAGCAAAUGGUUAUCCAUUAAGCGGAGGAAAUCUUAGUUAAAAUAAACCCCUCUUGCAAGAACGGACUAACAGGGUCAGCUACCCAGCCAAUCUUCAUAAUUAAAUACCGUUACUGUAUAGGUAGAGCUCGUUGUGAAAGACCUAUUACUGGAUAAUUCAUGGGUAGAGCCGAAGAAUGUGAACUAUACAAGUUAGCAAUAACACUGAUUAAAUGAAGUAAAGGCUCCGGUGUAUAGAGAAGACCUCACCGUUUAAGAAGUAACCAUAGAAACGAUGGAAUCCACUAUUUCUUUAUCAUUACUUUUCUUUUUUAAUACCUAGUAUAGUACAAUUUCGUAUUUCGAGGUGAAAUGCCUCGAAAUAAAGAAAAAUUGUGGUUGGGAAGGUUAUAGUAGCCAAAGCCAUUGGAAUUAUUAGUUUAUACAUUGGAAAAAUCCGUUUUGUUAUUCAUAUACUAGGAAAGGGGCAAAAGAAUAACUGAAAGAAAGGAAAUCGAUUAGUUAUUCAUUAAAGUUUCAUUUAUUCAAUGACCAGAAUUAGACGGGGAUAUAUCGCUCGGAGACGUAGAACAAAAAUUCGUUUAUUUGCAUCAAGCUUUCGGGGGGCUCAUUCAAGACUUACUCGAACUAUUACUCAACAAAAAAUAAGAGCUUUGGUUUCGGCUCAUCGGGAUAGGGAUAGGCAAAAAAUCAAUUUUCGUCGUUUGUGGAUCACUCGAAUAAAUGCAGCAAUUCGCGAAAGGGGGGUAUGCUAUAGUUAUAGUAGAUUCAUAAAUGAUCUGUACAAGAGACAAUUGCUUCUUAAUCGUAAAAUACUUGCACAAAUAGCUAUAUCAAAUAGGAAUUGUCUUUAUAUGAUUUCCAAUGAGAUCAUAAAAGAAGUAAGUUGGAAGGAAUCCACCGGUUAAACGGAGUUGCCCGGAGAAUGAACUCCGGUAAGGUCGAAUAAAAAUGAAUAGAAUAUGAUAAAUAUGAGAAAGUAGUCAAAAUAAAGUAGUCAAAAUAAAUAUGAAUCAACACGUUCACUAAAAAAAUUUCUUCUUCCCAGAUUAUUCUUUUUUUUCUUACGACACAAGAAUUCAAUCCGGAUUCUUGGAUUUUUCCAACAAAAUAGAAAUCCGCGUUUGAGUUCGGAUGGGGAUUUGAAUUCAAGUGAAUAAAGAGUAAACCUAUCUUUUUCUGGCUCUAAGACUAGGAGUUCUAGUGGUCGACUCGGUUCUUUCAAAUUGUUUCUCAUUAUUAAGAAAAGGUAACAAAGAUAAAAUACGAGCUUGUUUUAUAGCAAUAGUAAUUAAUUGUUGUUGUUUCAAGGUCAAUCUAUUUACUCGUCUAGAUAAUAUUUUUCCCUGUUCACUAAUAAAUCGACUAAUUAAACUCAUGUUUUUAUAAUCAAUUCGAUCCCCCGAUUGGAUCGGGGGCAAACGCUUACGAAAAGAUCGCUUGGAUUUAAGAAAAGUUCGCUUGGAUUUAUCCAUGGUUUGGUUAGUUUAUUUCUUAUCCCUAAAAUCCUAUUUUAGCCGGAUCUCUAAUUAUAAUAAAUAAAUAGGAUUUGGUUUGUUUAUAAUUAUCUUUAACUAUGUUAAAUUUAAAUAUGUUAUAUAUAUAUAUAAUGUCAUUUUUCCCUUUCCUUGUAAGAUAAGGGCGCAAGUGCUCGCUUCAAUUUAUUUCUUUAUCUCCCCGUGAAUCGUAUGUUUGUAACAAUAUGGACAGAAUUUUAGUAACUCCAAUCGAUUAGGCGUAUUGUGCCGGUUCUUUUGAGUAAUAUAUCUGGAAAUGCCCGUUGAUUCCUUAUUAACACCGUUUCGAACACAAGCGGUACAUUCCAAAAGAACCGGUAUUCGCGCAUCUUUACCCUUGGCUAUGAACCUCCUUUGGAUUUUUCAUUUACUCAACUCUUCCUCUUUCAAUCCGAAACGAAAAAGAAGAAAGGAAGGAAAAACAAAAUAGAAUUUGUAACUUGCUAUCCUCUUAUGCAAGAUUUCACUACAAUCAAUAUAGGAAAUAAGAUAGAAAGAUUUCUAACCUUUCAAAUACCAAAUACAAAUAACAGUACAGCAUUUCAUAUAAGUAUCUUGUAUAAUACUCUUUCCCUAGAACCACUGUUUGUAUUCGACUUCCAUAGAAAUUUCAUAUGAAUUUAAUUCCAACCCGACCCCGAGUCUCACAGUUGUUGAAUGCACUUUUAUUCUUUCUCUUUCCUCCCUUGUUCUAAAAAAGGGAAAAAAGAGAAAAGAGGGGGCUGGUAUUUAAUUGUAUCUCUAAUCUUCUUUAUUCCUUCCCGCGUCAAUAACUAGAAAAAGGGGAACGUCAAU